AUGAAGGCGUGGAACCGACGGAGUAGCUGCAAAAUCAGUCAGCGCCGGCAAAGAAAUGCGCAUUUGCGAACCUACAGUGUGGCUGGCAGGCAGCAAGUCUCUGUUGUGGAGCAAAGCAAAUAUGGGCUGGAACAGAAAAUCGAGUCGGCAAAGACUGAGCGUGAUGCUCAGCGGCUUGCAUGUCGACGUGUUCAGCAACAGCAGAGGGCCUGCCAUUCUGAGAUGGGAAGUUUGGAGACAGAGCGGCAGCAGAGCUGCCGAAAUUUGCGUCAAAUCCUGGAGUCCAAGAGCAAUCCCAAGCUUUCGCUGCUGCUGUCCCAGGCCUGUAUUCAUGUGAUCGACGAUUUCUAUGAGCGAGUUUCUCUCCUGCGACAGGUCAGCGAGGCGGAGCAGAAGAAAAAAACUGUCGAGCAGAAGCUUGGAAGGGAACAGGCCGCCCAGGCUGCUCUUCAAGGCCGCAGAGCCGCGCUGCAACGGGAGAUCAAGAGACUAGAGCAACAAGAUGCGAAUGCACUUGAGGCAAGUAAGCAGCUGAAUGCAGAAGUCAUCAAGCUCGAGGAGGCCAAGAAGGCAUUGCACAGAAGACUUCAAGCCGCUUCUACUGAGAUGGCAGCAAAGCGACACAACCUCCUGAGCGAGAGUCAGCAGCUGAGUCCGCUGAGUGCGGGCUCGGAGCGUGUGUUUUCCUUCACUCCCUCAUCAAGGACAGCCAGGAGUGAAACCUCCAUGGCAUGGGGCCCAUGGGGCCCAUGUGGCCUGGCCUUUCUGGGCUUCGGAUGCUGGGCCCGGAGGAAGGCCCGGGCCCGGAGAAUCCCAAGAGUUCUUCGACAAGCUGACAAAGUCAUCAGAGGUGGAUCCUACACAUUAGCUGACUUGGCACGAAAGGUCAAGGCAACACCCGUGAAGCCAGACGGGACAGAGCUUUCUGCCGGGGAGGUACGACACAUGGAAGUGCGACAGAAGCAGAUCGCUGCUUUGAAUAAUUUCAUGCUGCAGAAGCAUCGGAAGAGUAGGAAAAAAGGCAUAGCCCCACAGAUUCUUUACACAGACGAGCCAGACAAUCCCUGGAGGGAUCGGUACCUCCUGUGCGAAGACUGUGAAAAGCGUGUGAACCUCGGCAAAGAGCCGCGAUCAAACUGCAAUAACUCAACCUUGCUAGAGCUGGACAUGACCGCGCCUUUUUCACGUGACAAUGUGAUGGUUACUAGCUGCGAUCUUGUGCAAAUGAUCCGUGACGAUGUUUGGGUCUACAAAGACAAGUAUGGUAAGCUUACAAGGUCGGACAAGAAGAAUGCAACGGGCACCUUUCCGGUGCAGGUAUGCUGCGUGUGCCGGAAGACGACUUUGGAAGAAGGGAGGCGCUUCAGGAUGUGCAAUGUCUGCAGAGGAGUCUCGUAUUGCUGCGAAAGAUGCCGGGCAGCGCACAAUCUCAAGCACCAGGCCACAUGUGUUCGACCAUAUUUGCCGUACCGUGGUGAGUGGGGCAUACGCAAGGAGCUCAGAAACAUGCGCUCAGAGAUCUAUCCACUGAUCAAUACCUGGGCCCUCAAGGAACCAAACCAGCACCGGAUAGCCUGGCUACCACCUCCAGAGCACCAGCAGAAGUCUCUGGAUGAAAGGCGGCCGAAGAAGAAGGUGAGCCUUCCGACCGGAUCCAGAAAUCGAAAACUACUUGCGGCAGAGGGCAUUGCGAGAAGUUGUGUUCAGGACGGCAAGAUCGUGUUACGAGGAAGGUCACCUUUGGCAUACCGGCGGCAGCGCACCUUUGCGAAGCAAGAGGUGCCCGGUCAGGAAUUCUUGGACAUGAUCGGGAUGACAGGGGAGGAGUAUGUGCAGAAAGACUUGGAGCUGCAGAAAGAGGUGCAAGAGGAGGACGAUGCAUCCUUGUCGAUUGUCGAUGAGGUGGUCGAGGAACCUGCUGAAAACUUGACGCUCAAGAAUGGGACGUUCGGUGGCAAGAAGGUGAGACCGAGAACAACCCUUCGAGGAGAUCACAUCCCAAUCCCGGUCAGAGAAGUCCCCAAGGUGGUGUUGGAUGAGGGUGCCAUCGCCCGCAUGGAAGCGGCUGUGGAGAGUGGAGAGAUUGUCAACAUUGACGAGAAGCAGUUUGCCCCAAGUAAGCCUGUUUGGGAGAUGCCGCGACAGGGUCAAGCAAGAAAGUUCUGGAUUCCAGUGCCAGAAGACAAAAAGAAGGAGGGCGUGGUAUAUCCAGAGUCUCCAGUUCGCGAGCUUGCCAAGAAGCAUGGGUUGAGGCUCUCAGAAGAUGCCCUCAAGCGCUUGGAGGCCGCCGCAGAGGGAGCCGAGCAUAAUCGACACCGUAUUAGCUGGCAGAAGCCACUGAUAGUUGAUGAUGCACAAGAGGAUGAUGCACUCCUGACGGGCAGCAUGGAAGCUUCUCGUAGCCCUGUCUGUGAAGCAGGUGCUGCGGAUGCUGUGGCCGGCGACACGGAGGGUCGGUGCUCCGUCUCGGGUGCUGGUAGGAUGGUCGACAGCCUGGAGGGAAGGACGGAGUCCUUGAAAGAAUCCGAAGAGAGAGGGGGCGGAGGUGCAGGAGGUCACGGAGUCGGCUCCCGCGGCUCUCGCGGCUCCGGUGGCUCGGGCUCCGGCUUCCUAAGCGAGUGCGCAGCCGAAGCGGAAGCGGAAGAUGCGGAGCUUGGGAACUCGGAUGCUUUGGCCGAGCUCGGCCUCGACCUCAGCCUCGAGGCUGCGGACCCGGAGGACCUGCUGGGAGCUGGAGAGGUGCAGAGACGAGCACGCACCGAGCGCCCAAUACAAGCGCAUCAAG